GAGCCGAAGUCGAGUAUUGGAAAAGGGCCUAAGAAACAGUUUGAUCAGCCACUGUUGGUUGACCUAUUGUGCGCCCUCUGUCGGCAUAUUUAUUCCCAUCUGUUGCACAAUUCAUGAUCUAUUCAUAAUCCGUCCAUGAUCUUAGUUGAGCAACGACUCCAUUCGUUUUGUCUUGUUAUUCGUCAAUUACAUUGGCAUUAAAACUAGGUAUUACGUCUUAUUGUCUCGAACAGAAGGAAAAUUAUCUUCAUCACUUGAAAGUUUGAGUGGCUUCGAUCAUACACCUCAAGCAAUUUCGAAUAUAGAUGAAUACAUGUAUAUGGAUGCUAUAUACAUGUGCUACACAUUUUCUGAUUUCCUCUGCGCCCUCUUUAUUUUGUAAAUUUUAGACAACAAUCGGUCAGAUAGAUGCGGAUACGUGACUUGUUUCAAAAAGACGCAACGAGAAAUCCCCUGACUUUAACAUGGAAAUUGAAACAACACACCACUGGCCGGGCAAAAUCCACCGGAGAUUUUGUGCGACAAUCAUGAUAAAUUGAAAAAUAAGUCUGCUCUAAAUUCACCACGAAUUAUUUUUCCUUUGCUUGCUUUCUAAAUAAGCGAGAGGCACUUCGCCUUACGCCCGACAUCCGUUCCACAUUAUGCAUUGGGUUAUGAGGCGCGUUGCCAACUCGUUAAUAUCCGAUCAUUCUAGUAGUUAUAGCCCGCACUUUGAGUGCCGCAGGGACCGUUACGCUCAACAAGAGCUUUUCACAAACCCCUUUAGUCUUGUCAGCGCCGUAACAGCGCCGGCAGUUUAUAGGUACGGCUUUAAGAGAAGAUUUCUCUCUCUUUUUCCCCUUUGCCUCCGUCGGCGAGAUUUUCCACUUGAGUUGGUCCAGGACGGUGCGUGCACUAUACUCGGUGAGCGGGCCAGGCUCUACAAAGCUCCAAACCUCAGGAGUGUAUUUACCGAGCAUGAUGAAUACGUACGCGCCUGGUAUGGGUGAGUGUGCGCCGUUGAGGUGAGAGCUCUGGACGAAGGCACACAACCUUCGGAGUGUUUGUUGUCAUGAUCAGACGCGGCCCUGGCGCAGCACAGACUGGAUGGGUUUGGAGUUCGAUUGUUUUGUGCCAACUGGAGAGCGCUGCUUUGGUUUUUCAAGUUGUGUGGGGUGAUUCGAGGAGUACUUUUGUUUACUUCUUGCCACUGUGGGAGCUUAUCGACCCCAAGUAGAGCAGUGACACAAAGGGAUUUGAUAGUUCUUCACCGGUAGUGCCUUUAGAGUAUGUUCGCAGCAGUGGAUCGCCUCGCAUAGUGAGCAUUCACGAUGGAAAACAGCAAAAAGAAACCAUUGGUAGGAAGCUAUAUGGAGACCCCACUCGAACUCAGGGAUGACAGUUCCAAAACAAGCCACAACUCGACAAAAGGGUCAUGCCUCGACAGGGAGACCAGCACCAGAUGGAGACGACCCCAGUGCAACCUGACAGCGUACCUGACCCUCAUCCUCACCCUGUUUGUCGCCCUGGUCGGGGGCAUUUCCGUGCUCCGUAUGAGAGAACUGGAGCGGAGGCUAGCUUGGCAGGAGAGGGAAAUCGAGAAUCUUGAUGACAGAGUUAAACAGCUGUCCCGAUUGGAAGAUACCUAUCUACCAGGUUUAGAGGCGAUGCCAUCCCGUCAUCUGCUAGCAUUCGACGGCGCUGAUUGUGACUGCCCGGCCGGGCCAAAGGGUGACCCCGGACCUCGCGGGGAACGAGGGAGAUCUGGACGCGAUGGACGACCAGGCAAGGAUGGCCACCGGGGACCUCCUGGUAUUCCCGGUCUGGAUGGCAGGCCUGGCCCGCCAGGUGAGAAAGGUGAACGCGGUGACAUUGGACUGCCCGGGGAACGGGGGCCUCCAGGAAGUCGAGGUCUGAAGGGUGACCAAGGGGAGCCUGGGGUGUCAGGCCCUCCCGGGCCAAGGGGACCAACAGGUACGGUGGAAGGCUUGGACUCCUUACAGAUCAAUCGUCAUGUCGUGUUUGCACGCGCCAUACACCUUCAAGGCAUACCGUCAGAUCAAGUAUCUGGGAUGAGGCGCCUUGGUUUCCAAGGUCUACUCCGUGAUUGGACAAUCUCAACCAAUUCCGGCGGCUUUGCGUUGGAGUCUGACGGCAACGUGACGGUGACCGAAAGAGGGCAGUAUUUCAUCUACAGCAGUGUCCUGUUUUAUGACGGCAGUGCAUUCUAUGGAGCCCACACCAACAUCAACGGCAAGAACUUCCUCAAGUGUACAGGUGCAAGGGCCUCCUCGGCCGCCAAGUUUGGCCCGUGCAGCGCCAGCGGUGUGGCCUUGCUGAACGAGGGGGACAAAGUGGGCAUUGUCUCGGUCUACCCUAUGAAAGAAGUGGAGAUGCGACCAGAGUCUACAUACUUUGGAAUCAUCAAACUGAACUAAAACGGAAGAUUGUGCUCAUAAAGGACGUAUUGGGAAGAUGUUUCUGUUCUUGUCAAUAGAAUUACUGCUUAGCAAUGUCACAUGUUAAGCAUGAAUUUAGCUCAGAAACAUAUUUCAUCGUCACUGUAUUUGUAUGGACUGAAGUAUGAUAUUUCCCCGUCAAUUUAUUGUUUGGCCUCGACUACAAAUACAAGUGAGCAGUAAUCCGAUAAUUGAAAAACCUCCAAGUCUUUGUAAUAUGUUGGUAAAAUAACCAACCAGGUUGUGGUUGAUCUAAAAAUUUAAAGUGUCCAGAAUUUGUUAUAAAAGUUAAGCCCCUCUGACAGAAAAUAAGCCACCCGUUUCACUUUAAACAUGGCUUCGCAAUUUAACUGAGAAUGCACAUUUCAUCUUUCUAUAAUGCAUAGUUGUUUUAUAUAAGCUGUACGUUAAAAAGAUGUAACAAAAGGUAUUUGCAAGUACCCGGAUACUUUAGGUUCUAAACAGCCAGCAAUUAUGUUCAUAAUUGUAAAAAAUAUUUUUAUAACUCUUCAAAGCAAUAUCAACAUUUGAAAUUCUCCAUCAAACUUCAGUCAAAAGUAGUAACUUAAUUUGCAAAUUAAGAAGGCAUCCUGAGAACUAAGCUGUUUUUAUUUAUUUGGUUGACUGCGACAAGACACGUAGAGUCUGUCGCCAUUUACGUUUGAAUGUAUCUGCUUAAACUUUGAACUUGAGUUACGCAUAAAUAAUUGCAUGUAGCCUGCUGUAGCCACAGAGCGUGUAUAGCUAGAUAAUAAGACAGAAUGCAUCCAACUGGACUGGUACCCUGCAGGGCGAGUCAAUUCGAAUAAUUCAAUAUUCGACCUUCGAUUCGACCGAAUAUCUGAAUAUUCGGUUGUACCGACCAUUAUAUUGUUGAGAAACAAACCAUACAAAAUCAGUUGCAAUAACGCCAACAAUUGUACAUUAUAAUUACUAUUAUAGCUUCUCACGUCUACAAAUAUCUAAAGGCAUGAUCUAGCGGGAUUUAAGACACAAAUAAUACUUCUUGUCCUGUUGAAAAUGUAUAUUCCUCUUAAAUUUUUUUUCCAACAAAUAAUGUACUUUUUUAAUCCUGUAAGGUGUCUGUCGCGUUUCAUUUGAAUCUGCUUGGAACUAGCCUCCACAGUGCAAUUUUUCUCAUUUAAAACAAAAGGAAAUUCUUUCUUCU